AUCACUAGUAAACUGUAAUAAGCUAUAAACAACAUGAAGCCGAUCUUUGCUUAAAAGAAUUCUUUUUUAUUUAUAUAUUGUUCAAUAUUGUAUAUGCAGUAGUAAUUAUGUUAGAUUGCAUUUAAGAUAUAGUUUGUACAUGAUUGAAUAUAAUUUAUUAUAAAAUCAAAAUACUGGUGUGUGUCCUGAAUCAGUUUUUUUAUAAUCUGUUCUUAUAUAUAUUAUUUUUGACAAGGAGGCAUUAGUGUAAAUCCGUGAACGCCCAUAAUAAAUAAGAACUCCUGGUUCAAUUGUACAAUGUCAGCUACUGAGACUACAGUUAUUUUUGCAAAAUUGGAGGCUUUAAAAGAAAUCAGAGCUAAAACUGUACAAUUAGAAAAACUGAAACAAAGAAUAUUGCAAGAGGUAGAACAAACUGAACAAGAGGAGAAAUGUUUAUUAGAAUAUAAACAAGAAAUGGAUCUACUUAUGCAAGAAAAAAUGGCACAUGUUGAAGAAUUACGUCAAAUACAUGCAGACAUCAAUGUGAUGGAGUCAGUGAUACACCAAGCAGAAAAAGCAAGGAACAGAUCACGGGAAACUGCUAAACUUAUACAUAAUAGUAAUUAUCAACCAUUAAAACAUGAUAUUGAUAGAAUGCGCAGAGAAGUAUUAGGUUUGGAAAGAUUACCUGAAUUGUAUGAAACAGAAUCAGAUCUUAUUUCUCCUGAACGGUUUAUUUGCAGUUACUUCGAAAGGCCAAUGCAAAAAGCAGAAUGGAGAGUAGAAGUUCGUGGAGAAGAUUUAUUACCUCCACAUAGUUUACAUCAUCCUGGACAUCCAGGUGGUUCAGCUUCUUUUCUUGCUCCUCAACCUCUUCAAGGACCUAGUAAGCCAGAGCCUAGACCAUUGCCCCCUGCUCCUGGUCCACCUGCUCCAACAUUCAGGUACCACUGGCAACAACCACCGCCAAUGAAAUCAUGCCUUUCAUGUCAUCAACAAAUCCAUAGAAAUGCACCAAUUUGUCCUCUUUGUAAAGCUAAGUCUCGAUCACGUAAUCCCAAAAAACCAAAGAAGAAAGACUAAUUAUAGCUGUAAAUUUUAUUUAUAAGAUGCAUGUGUGCUUUGAUUUUUUACUUUAUAAAUAUGGAUUAGACAUCAUUAGAAAUCUGGAAUGAUAAGCAUAAUUUGAUUUUAUCGAAACAAAGAGCCAUUUAUUUUGUUUUACGAUUUUUUACUUUUAUGUCUAGUUUAUUGUAUUAUAAAGAAAUAGUAGAUAACAUUAUAUAAUUGGUCA